AUGCUCGCCCUCACCAAGUGGCGCGGCACUCCUUCGGACCCGGCCGCGCCGCCGCCGCGCACGCUCGCCGCCCAGAGCCGUCUGCGGCGUCUGCCAGUCCCCCCGCUGGAGCAAACGCUCGCCAAGUACCUUCGCAGCUUGCAGCCUUUGCUCCAGCAGAUGGAGGAGCGCGGGCAGCUUGCAGAGCCCUCCGUCGAGGCGGCCAUGCACAAGCGCGAGCAGUGGGCGCAGGAGCUGCUCCAGAGCAAGCUCGGCAGGGUUCUGCAGCAACGCCUGGUCGACGUCGACUCGACCACGCCCAACAACUGGCUUGACGACCGGUUCUGGCUGCAAAAAGCCUACCACGAAUGGCGCGUCCCGCUUCUAAUCAACUCCAACUGGUGGCUGCUCUUGACUAACGAUCCGUCGCUUCUCUCCACCUCGGACGCCUCCAUCGGCGAGCACAAGGGCCAUGGUCAGGCGCUGCCCGUAGGAGCGGAAGCACAAAAAGCAGCUGUAGCAGCUGGCACCGAGCUUCCGCCUGUGUCGGAACUGCUGGGCGAAAAGAGAUGGGAUGAAAUGGAGCUUGGAAUCCGUAGGGCUGCCUGGCUCACCUGGCGCCUUGUCGAAUUCAAGCUGCGUCUGGACAGAGAGGACAUUCUCCCCGACGCGUCGAAGGCAGGUCCGUUUUGCAUGCACCAGUACACCAACGUCUAUGGCGUCACGCGCAUUCCCGCCCUUCCGCACGACUGGAACACGCGCCCGUCGCCGCGUGCUGCCGGCGUCUCGAGCACAGCCGCCAACCGGUCCGACCCGCCCGCACGCCACGUGACAGUCAUCGUCCGCAACCACUUCUACGAGCUCCAGGUGAUCGAUGACGCUGAGGGCAAGAUCAUCCGCCCCGAGGCGCUCGAGCUCGCGCUCCGCCACAUCGUGCAGGACGUCCAGGCGCGUGAAGAGGACGGCGAAGGUGUCGGCGUCCUUAGCGCUGACGAGCGCGAUCGCUGGGCCAUCACGCGCGAGCAGCUCGCCGCGCUGUCCCCCGCAAACGCGCAGUCCCUGCGCUCAAUCGAACGCUCCCUUUUUGCGCUCUCGCUGGACACGUCCGUCCUACCCCUGCCGUCGCAGCACCCGGCGCCCGCAUUGAGCGCCUCGCCCGAGUGGGUCGAUGCGCUGGCGCGCAACUGCUCCGGCGCCGGCCGCGCCGGCCACAAUCGCUGGUUUGACAAGAGCAUCAACCUCGUCGUUGAGCCCAACGGCCGUGCCGGCAUCAACGGCGAGCACAGCCCGGUCGACGCGCUCAUUCCGUCGAUCUUAGCCGACUACGCAACGGGCGUGCCCUGCCCGCCGCCUGGCGCGCUGUUCCCCGCGGUCGACACGACAUCCCCCGCGGACCUCUCCGACGCGCCCGCGGCGGCGCACAAGCGCCUCGACUUCACCCUCGACGAUGCCUUGCACGCCGAGAUUCGCGCUGCGACUCGCCGCGCGCUUGCCAUCUCGGCGGGCACGGACCUGCGCGUGCUGUACUACAACGAGUACGGCGCCGACUGGAUCAAGAAGGUCGCCAAGCAGAGUCCAGACGCGUACCUACAGCAGGCGCUCCAGGUUGCCCAUGCCCUCACGCACGGCUGGCAGGUCCCCACGUACGAGACGGCGUCCACGCGCCUGUUCAAGCACGGUCGCACCGAUGUCAUUCGCUCUUUCAGCACCGAGAGCUACGCGUUCGUCAAAGCGCUCCUGCGCGGCGGCAGCUGCGAGCGCAAUGAGAAUGACAUGCAGGCCCUCUACAGGCUGCUCACCGCCGCGACACAGGCGCAUAACGCGCAAACGCGCGAGAGCAGCACAGGCAAGGGCAUCGACAGGCACCUCACCGGCCUGCGCCUCGUGUUCAACCCGCAGACUGACGGCGGCGCCGACGCCCUGCCACAGCUCUUCCGCGACCCCCUCUUCACCGCGAGCCAGACAUGGACACUCAGCACGAGCGGCCUCAGCGCUGGUGACCGCCUCGCAGGCACCGGCUUUGGAGCCGGCUACGACGACGGGUAUGGCUGCAACUACCUCGCCGGCGGGACGCUGCUCAAGUUCGGCCUGGAGUCCAAGCACGCUAACGCACAGACAAGCACGACGGCUUUCGCGCAGAACCUCGUCCGCGCGCUGCGCCUCAUGCGUGACGUCUGCGAGCGGGGCAUCGAGCCUGCUGAUGCGGCCGUCGAUGCAAAGGGGAAGCUCUGA